GCCGUGGGCAGAAGUCAAAUUAGGUUUAGGAGCAAGAGUUGGGGGCGCGAUCGCAAGAAAGUGCGUCUGUGGUUAUAAAUAAAAACAAUUUAUGAGAAUAUUUCUCCUCACGGAAUGAUAGAAGAGUAACAACAAAAGGCCAACACGAUGAAGUCCGCUUUAAUGGUUGCUGAAAAGCCAUCGUUAGCACAAAGUCUUGCUAACAUACUUAGCAAUGGCAAAUGCACGUCCAAUAAAGGCUCUAACUCGGCUUGCUCCGUUCACGAAUGGACGGGAACGUUUAAAAACGAGCCGGUGAAAUUUAAGAUGACGUCUGUUUGCGGGCAUGUAAUGAGCUUAGACUUUAUAGGAAAAUACAAUAACUGGGACAAAGUGGAUCCCAUUGAGUUGUUCAGCUGCCAAACUGAGAAAAAGGAGGCAAUGCCACGAUUGCGAAUACCCGCGUUUCUUGCUCAGGAAGCAAGAGGAUGUGAUUAUUUGAUCCUGUGGCUGGAUUGUGAUAAAGAAGGAGAAAAUAUUUGUUUUGAGGUAAUGACAUGUGUUGGACCCUACAUGAAGGCAGAUGUAUAUUCACCUUUAGUGACCUUUAGGGCUCGCUUUUCUGCUAUCACAGAGAAAGAUAUUAAAGCGGCUAUGCUGAAUUUAGUACGGCCCAAUGAGAAUGAAUCUCGCAGUGUUGAUGCCAGGCAAGAACUGGAUCUGCGAAUUGGAUGUGCUUUUACUAGAUUUCAGACUAAAUAUUUUCAAGGAAGGUAUGGUGACUUAGAUUCGUCUCUAAUAUCAUAUGGGCCAUGUCAAACACCGACGUUGGGCUUUUGUGUCCAACGUCACGAUGAUAUCCAGACCUUCAAACCGGAGACUUACUGGGUGCUGAGAGUCACGGCGUCAACUAGCGAGGGGCGGGAGCUACCUCUGGAGUGGAAGAGGGUUAGAGUGUUCGAGAAAGACAUUGCUAAUAUGUUCCUUGCUGGUAUCAAGGAAAUAAAAGAGGCUGUUGUUAUUAACAUUCAGGCAAAAGAAAAAGUGAAAGCUCGUCCAGUGGCAUUAAACACAGUGGAACUAAUGAGAGUGGCCAGUGCAGGUUUGGGUAUUGGACCCCAUAGUGCUAUGCAGAUUGCAGAACGUCUUUACACCCAAGGUUACAUUUCGUAUCCUCGAACCGAAACAACCAGUUAUCCUGAAAAUUAUGAUUUGAUGGGGACACUUCGCCAGCAACAGAACUCGAAUAAAUGGGGAGCAGAAGUUAGAGCGUUAAUAGCGAAUGGUAUCAAUAAGCCAAAGAAAGGGAAGGAUGUGGGAGACCAUCCACCUAUUACACCCAUGAAGCCAGCAACGGAGUCCGAGUUAGACGGCGACAUGUGGCGUAUAUACGACUAUGUGACGCGUCACUUUAUAGCAACACUGAGCCGCGAUUGUAAAUAUCUGUCGACUGUUAUCACUUUCCAAGUGGGCACGGAGACAUUUCACUAUACUGGCAACACUCUUGUGGAUCCUGGUUACACUGAGAUUAUGCAUUGGCAGGCAUUUGGCAAAGAUGAAUUCGUACCAACUCUGACUGUAGGCGAAGAACUGCGUGCUCAUGACCACAGACUGGUUGAAUGUCAAACUUCACCACCUGAUUAUCUGACCGAAGCCGAGUUGAUCACUCUUAUGGAGAAGCACGGCAUAGGCACAGACGCGUCCAUACCAGUCCAUAUCAACAACAUCUGCCAACGGAAUUAUGUGAAUGUUGGCAGCGGCAGGCGGUUGGUGCCAACCAGCCUCGGGGUUGUUCUCGUUCAUGGAUAUCAGAAGAUUGACCCCGAGCUGGUGUUGCCAACGAUGCGUUCGGCGGUUGAAGAACAAUUGAACCUCAUAGCCAUAGGGCGGGCGGACUUCCACGCGGUGCUCUCUCACACCACGGAGAUAUUCCGCAGGAAGUUCCAGUACUUCGUGCGGAGUAUGGAGGCGAUGGAUCAGCUGUUCGAAGUGAGCUUCUCGUCGCUGAAAACUAGCGGCAAGGCACUGUCUAGGUGUGGGAAGUGUCGCCGUUAUAUGAGAUAUAUUCAGGCGAAGCCGGCCCGGCUGCACUGCUCCCACUGCGACGACACGUACACGCUGCCGCAGCAGGGCACGGUGCGCAUCUACCGCGAGCUCAAGUGCCCGCUCGACGACUUCGAGCUGCUCUCCUGGUCCACCGGCUCCAAGGGCAAGAGCUUCCCGCUCUGCCCCUACUGCUACAACCACCCGCCCUUCAGGGACAUGAAGAAAGGUUUCGGUUGCAACUCGUGCACGCACCCGACCUGCCCGUACGGCGUGAACUCCACCGGUGUAUCUGGUUGUUUGGAUUGCGACGGGGUCCUCGUGCUUGACCCGUCCGCCCCUAAGUGGAAAUUGGCGUGCAAUAGGUGCGACGUGAUCAUAAACGUGUUCGAGGAGGCGUCGCGCGUGUCGGUGAGCGAGCUGGCGUGCGGCGACUGCGGCGCGCAGCUGGUGAGCGUGGAGUACCGCGCGGGCCGCACGCGCCUGCCCGCCGCGCUCACCGACAUGACCGCCUGCCUCUACUGCGAGCCCGCCUUCACCGCGCUGGUGGAGAAGCACCGCGCGGUGUCGGCGCGCGGCGGCGGCGCGCGCGGGCGCGGCGGGCGCGCGCGCAACAACAAGCACCGCAACAAGCAGCCCAAGGACAAGAUGGCGCAGCUCGCCGCCUACUUCGUGUGAGCGGCCCUCAGCCCUCUGCCAAAGUAUUGGUCGCCCAUCCAAUUUGUGGCCGCGCCGAAUGUCGCUUAACCUUGAUGUUUUUUUUAUUCGUUGUUACGGUGGCUACAAGCAUACGUUAUUUCUGUAAAUUUCCAUUGUCUAAGUGUGAGUUCAUCGUUUACAGCCUGACGGACGGACGGACGGACAAACAGACAGAUAGUCGAACAGCAAAGGCUUGUAAUAGUUACCCGUUUUACCGUUCGGGUACACAUUUUUUUUACAUUUUUUUUUUCAAAUGGCUCUCUUUCUGUCCCCUCAAUUUGUUAACUGAGUAAAGACGUUAAUUUAAAGUGAGCAUCAUUCUCCUAAAAAUAGGAGUACCUAAUUAUUUAUUUCCAAGCCACUUUUUUUUUUAUUCUUUUGAGUUAGCGUCAACACAACAAUUAAAAUAAAGUAUUAACUUCUUUAAUACAAGAACGGGUGAAUAAUUUUAUAUUUAUUACUAACUAAUAUCAUCUUAUUUGGUUCAAUGGUAGAAUUUUGUAUGUCUUUUGUAGUAUGUAUGUAUUUUUGGCAGUAAUAUGUAUACUUCGAUUGGAUAGUAGUAAAAAGCGACUAACUUAUAACAAUAUUAGGCCAAGUAAUGCAUUUAUUUGUAAGUAAUAUUUAUGCUUAAAGAAAAUAAACUUUUAACAUUUAA